AUGGCGGCGGCAGUGCAGGCCAUGAAGGGGGUGAUGGGCUCAUUUCGAAGGAGUGUGAUGACCCCUGCUGGCAGCUGGAUGCGCAGCCCUCUAGCGUCAAACUUGGGGGUGGCCUCGCGGCGCUGUUUCUCCUCGACCCGGCAAACUUGGGCGCGCCAGCCUUCGCUGCGCCCGGCUCCCGGAAAGGGGCCUGCCUCUUCCAGCACCAAGCCCGCGCGUUCGGGUUCCACCAGUCAUGCAGCCAAGCCCUCUGCCGCCGCGGCGGGGGGCGCGGCGACCCACUCGUCGGCUGGGGAUGUCCUCGUUUUUAGCUGCGAGCGUACGGGCUUUAUCCGGCUCAUGAAAGCUGCUGCCUUUUCCCAAGUCACACUCUGGAUCUCAGCUGCAACACUUGCUCCCCAGAUGCGGGAGGAAGGGGCGUUGGACGGCAAGGCCAGCUCCUCCACAAGGUUUGGGUGGACGUUUGCAAGCCUGAUGAUGGCCGUCAUGUUCCUUGGCCUUGGCAUCUACGUCCCACGCCGCUAUGUGAGCAGGCUCUACACGACGGGCCAGGGCCAACUGCGAAUCCAAACGUACAAUUACUGGGGUCGCCGUAGCUUUGAGAUGCCGGUCAGCGAGUUGUUGAUGACGACUCGACAAACCACGGCCGUCGCCAACAGCGUGGUCACCUUUCGCAUUCCCGGCCAUCGCUUCUUCUACAUGCUUGACGGAACCAAUGGAACCCUGCACAACCAAUCGGCGUACAACCUAAUUGUGCGCCAGGCUCGGCAGUUUUAA